AUGAGGGAAAUAGUUCAUAUACAAGCUGGACAAUGCGGCAACCAAAUUGGUGCAAAGUUCUGGGAGGUUAUAUCGGACGAGCAUGGCAUCGAUCCAACUGGCACGUACCACGGCGACUCCGACCUUCAAUUGGAGCGUAUAAACGUUUACUACAAUGAAGCCACUGGCGGUAAAUAUGUGCCUCGAGCCAUAUUAGUUGACCUCGAGCCCGGAACGAUGGAUUCUGUCCGCUCCGGGCCGUUCGGACAAAUAUUUCGCCCGGACAAUUUUGUGUUCGGCCAAUCCGGUGCUGGAAAUAAUUGGGCUAAGGGUCAUUACACAGAAGGUGCAGAAUUAGUCGAUUCCGUCCUUGAUGUUGUCAGAAAGGAGGCGGAGGGUUGUGAUUGUCUACAAGGAUUUCAACUGACACAUUCUCUCGGUGGCGGCACAGGAGCCGGUUUAGGCACGUUACUAAUAUCAAAAAUAAGGGAAGAAUAUCCUGAUCGCAUAAUGAAUACUUUCAGUGUCGUCCCAUCACCCAAAGUAUCGGACACUGUGGUGGAACCAUACAACGCUACACUUUCUGUGCAUCAACUGGUGGAAAACACCGAUGAGUCGUAUUGUAUUGAUAAUGAAGCUUUGUAUGACAUCUGUUUCCGCACUCUAAAGCUUACUACACCAACAUACGGAGAUCUAAAUCAUUUAGUGUCUGCUACAAUGUCCGGUGUCACCACUUGUCUUCGAUUCCCUGGCCAGUUGAACGCAGAUUUAAGGAAACUGGCCGUAAAUAUGGUUCCGUUUCCUCGCCUUCACUUUUUUAUUCCUGGAUUUGCCCCAUUAACAUCAAGGGGAAGUCAACAGUAUAGGGCUCUCACAGUUCCAGAACUGACUCAACAAAUGUUUGAUGCUAAGAACAUGAUGGCGGCAUGUGAUCCUAGACAUGGGAGGUAUUUGACUGUAGCGGCCGUAUUCAGAGGCCGUAUGUCAAUGAAAGAGGUUGAUGAGCAAAUGAUGAAUAUUCAAAACAAGAAUUCGUCUUACUUUGUGGAAUGGAUUCCAAACAAUGUGAAAACAGCCGUAUGUGAUAUACCACCAAGGGGCUUAAAGAUGUCGGCAACAUUUAUUGGUAACUCUACUGCUAUCCAAGAAUUAUUUAAACGAAUUUCGGAGCAAUUCACUGCCAUGUUCAGACGUAAAGCAUUCUUGCAUUGGUAUACUGGAGAGGGUAUGGAUGAGAUGGAAUUUACAGAGGCGGAAAGCAAUAUGAAUGAUUUGGUAUCAGAAUACCAGCAAUACCAGGACGCAACAGCUGAAGAAGAGGGUGAAUUCGAUGAAGAGGAGGAGGGUGGAGAUGAAGGAGACUAG